AUGAGUUCUUCGUCUUCGUCUUCGUCUUCAGGAGCUCGACGGAGAACUGACGACCUGUCGACAUCGCCCAUCCUCGAUCUCGAGUCGUUUCCUCCCACCGGCACGCCGAAACACGAGAAGCUUGGGAGCUAUGACUUUUACCGCUCUAUCGGCUCGCCUCGUUAUGUUGUUGCGCCCAUGGUCGACCAAUCUGAGCUGGCAUGGCGGAUCUUGUCGAGACGGCAUGGUGCAGACCUCGUCUACACGCCAAUGAUCCAUUCUAAGAUGUACAUGGAGCACAAGAAGGCGAGGAUUGGCUUCUUCGACAAGGCGACCGGUGAAGAGGGUUGCGCGAAAUUUGAGCUCUUGAAGGCUGAAAAGGGCAAGGGAAGGGAAGAGGUGGCCGACGUGGGAGUGGAUACGGACCGGCCGCUGUUUGCACAGUUCUGCGGAAAUGACCCCGACACCCUCCUUGCGGCGGCAAAGAGCAUCCAGCAGCACUGUGACGCCGUUGAUUUGAACCUGGGCUGCCCGCAGGGGAUCGCCAAGCGUGGAAACUAUGGCGCCUUUCUCCAGUCCGACUGGCACCUCAUCUUCCGCCUCAUCAACGCGCUGCACCUCGAGCUCAAGGUCCCCGUCACAGCAAAGAUGCGCGUCUUCACCGAUCUUGAUCGUACAGUGGCUUAUGCGAGGAUGCUCGAGAGGGCGGGCGCGCAGAUCAUCACAGUACAUGGCCGGACCCGAGAGAUGAAAGGCCAACUGUCGGGCUUGGCCGACUGGGACAAGAUCCGAGCAGUCAAAGAGGCCGUCAAGGUGCCAGUCUUCGCAAAUGGUAACAUCCUCUUCCGCCAGGACGUGACAAGAGCGCUCGAAAGGACGGGAGCCGACGGUGUCAUGAGCGCAGAGGGCAACCUCUACAACCCCUGUGUCUUCCAUGAGCCGAGCACCGACGAUCCUCUAUACCCACUGGCGCCCAUCUACCCCUUUCCGGAUCUAAUCAUGCUCUGCAACGAGUACCUGGACAUUGUGGCCUCGCUCAAGACCAAGACCUCGGCGACGUCUGUGAAGGGCCACAUGUUUAAAUUGACUCGGCCGGCACUCGAGGUGCAUCCGGACCUUCGGCGGGUCUUUGGACCGGCCAGGCUCGAGGGCAGCGGGGAAGAAGGCGUGAGGCAGUAUCGCGAAGCUGUGGCAGAACUCUCACGUCGCUUAGAGGCUGAUCGGAGGGAUGAGCGAUACACUUCGCGGCUGCUAAAGGCCGCAGUGCCACUCGACGACUAUUCUUCGGCAGACGCGAUCAUCACCGCUAACACAGCUCCUUACGUCUACGUUCCUCACUGGCUGGCUCAGCCGUACUUUCGGCCAAACGGGCCGCCGAAGCUUGCAGGCGAGGGCAAGCGAAAGAGUGCUGAGACAAGGGGGGAAGAAGCGACGACGGAAAGCGGGCGGAGCAGUGCGAUGGGAACGGACACGAGCCGCGAGGAAGGGCAGGAAGAGGAAGGCGUUGUCAAGAUCAGAGAUGAACAGACGCGCGGCGAAAGAAGCCUCCUCUCCCAGGAAAGCGGGGACGCUGGUGAGGGAGAAGGAUCUCGCAAAAAACUUCGAGUGGGUUGA